AUGUCUGACUCCGAUGACUUCGUCGACGAGGACGAUGUCACUCUGUCCUCGCGUGCCAGCAGGAGUGCAAAGCGAAAGGGGAUUGGAGAUGAAGACGAUGACGAGUACAGAAUUCGGGGAGCGCUGAAGCCGUACCGCACUACGAGCUACACCACACAGGCUUUGUACGAACAAAUUGUAAGCAACGACAUUGAUCUCUCGCCGGACUAUCAGCCUGAGGUGGUAUGGCCCGAAUCUAAGCAAAUAGGGUUGAUCGACUCCAUUCUAAGGAACUUUUAUGUUCCUCCCCUCAUCUUCGCCGUGGUAUAUCGUGAAGACAGUUCCGAACGGAGGGUCUGCAUCGACGGGAAGCAGCAUUUGACAUCUAUAUUCAGAUUCCUAAACGGCGAAAUUUACUAUAAUGAUUCAUUUACUGGAGAGAGAUUAGUUUACAAAGACAUUGGCAAGUUCAAAAGCAUACGACUGCUUCCAGAGCGCUACCAGAAGAUCUUCCGCAACAAGCAAACGGUGUGCAUAGAAUACCAGGAUUUAACUAAUGACUGUGAGAGGGAGAUCUUCCAGCGAGUUCAACUCGGCAUGGCUCUUACGCCCGCAGAGAAGCUGCAAGCCACGAAAAGCCCUAUGGCGACGUUUGUGCGCGACCUGCAAAAUGAUUACGUUGCCGAAGGCCUCGCGGUACUGCUCCCCUGGGACACGCACCGCGGGAGCGAUUUCCGCUGUAUCACCUCGUCUGUAAUCCUCAUGGAUAAUCUGGCGUCUGCGAACAACGCAAUCCCUUUUCCGACGUUGCAGAAAGUGCUCUCGCGCCCCGACGAACCUGACAGCAAGUUUCAGGAUCAGGUCCACCAGACGUAUCAGAUAUUCCUGAUGCUCGCGCGGGACGACGCGUACAGCGCCGCGUUCCGCAUCCCCGACGUCAAGAAGCUCGCGCCAGUUGAGUUCAUAGCGACUGUCGCACUCAUCCACAACCACAAGUACAAGAUGAUGCUUGCACAACUCGCGGAGGCGAUCAAAGGCAUGCGUCAGGACAUCCGCGCGAGGGAGGUCGACAUCCGGCUGAACCAGCGCGUGCUGAACGCGAUGAUCGACUUUAUUCGCGAUCUCAAGCCGUCAGAUAUGAAGCCUGAUCCGAAGCAUCUCGCCGCUGCUAAGCUCCGGCCGCUUAAGAGGAAGCGGAACGAGGAGGACGGCGAGGAUGGCGAAGUCCCUGACAGGAAGAAGCGAGUGGAAUCCUACACCUCGGUCGUCACUGCCUCUCAGGCACAUUCGAUGGCCCCACCAUCUGCCCUUCCCAAGCUGCAAACUAAAACAGAACGUCCUGCGUCACCAGCCAUGCCACGUCCUCCCGCGGCAACUCCUCCACCUCUGCCGUCCAGUGCUUUUGAUAGGCUAGCCUCAAUCAGGCUUGCAAAGGAAUCUGCUCUUCCGGAAAGAGCCUCGACGAUAGUGACUCAAUUAUCGAGACCAUCACACGGAAUACAGCCAACAAUGCCCCAGCCCAACAGCACGCCAUUGCCAAGGCAUAGCAGUAUGGACUACCGCGAGCCAAAACCAUCCUCCCCCAUCGCUCCCACUGAUUUUCCACCGCCACGCGGCAAACACCUCAAAGAAUCAUUAAUGGCACGCAUGACAGCCCUUCCAUUGAACGGCGACGAAGCAGUGCGCCAUCAACAUCCAUCUAUCAGGCGACCAUACCCCCCCAGGCCGCCGCACGGUGACUACGACUACAAAGAGCCGAAGCGGCACAGAGCCUAUGACAAUGGUCGGUGAUAGCGGC